CUGAAGUUCUAACAAACGAAUUCUCUCACCGACAACAUGAGUGGACGCGGCAAAGGAGGCAAAGGACUCGGAAAAGGAGGCGCGAAGCGUCACCGCAAAGUUCUCCGCGAUAACAUCCAGGGAAUCACCAAGCCCGCCAUCCGCCGUCUGGCUCGCCGCGGCGGAGUCACGCGUAUCUCCGGCCUCAUCUACGAGGAGACUCGCGGUGUGCUCAAGGUGUUCCUGGAGAACGUCAUCCGUGACGCCGUCACCUACACCGAGCACGCCAAGAGGAAGACCGUCACCGCCAUGGACGUGGUCUACGCUCUCAAGAGGCAGGGCCGCACUCUGUACGGCUUCGGCGGUUAAACUCUGGAACCUGAACGCAACACGACACUGAACAACCCAACGGCUCUUUUAAGAGCCACACACCGAGUCUGUAAAGAGCUGAUCAUCUUGUUAGUUUUGUUUAGUACGCUAAUCAAAUAUCACAUCAUUAAUAUAAAUACAGUUUAUAUGGAUUUAUGAGAAAUGUGAGAAACUUGAUAUACACGUGGUGCUGUUCGGCGGUUAAAUCUGGAACCUGAACGCAACACUACAAAUGACCACAGCCGCACACAUACAAAGAGCUGAUCUUUGAUGAAAAUUAGUUAAAUAUUUAAGUUCCUUUGUGAGAAGGAAACACUUAGCAACUAUUUCUGCUGAUUUAAUGAAGAGCUUAAGUGAGAAUGAGUUCAUUAUUCUCUUCUGAAACAAGUGAAAACGUAUAAUUAGGUGUUUAUUAUUUGUAAUUCUUCUCCCCUGUGAUUGAUAAGUCUGCUUCAAUGACUGUGGCCACGUUUUUCGUUAAUAACAAGCUCUUUAAACCUCUUAAUUCUUAAAUAUUGUGAUAAAAUUAAACUGUUCACAAGAACCAAAACUUUCUUUAAAAUAAAUUAAAGAUAAUCCAAGUGUUACAGUUGCCCCAGUAUAAGUGUAAUGCAUUUUUUAUGUAUUAAUAUUUAAAUAUGCAAUAGUAUUUGUUUAAUCAAAUCAUUUUUGAUUAAACUUUUAUCACGUCAUUUUGACCAGUUCAUAUUCUGCUUUUAUUUGCACAUUUUCCUUUUAAUCACCUCACUGUUUUAACA